UAUAUUGUUUUGAUUUUUCAGAUUGACGAACAAUUUGUAUUGUGAAGAGAAAAAUGAAAGCUUCAGAGACAUCAAUCAAAAGUAGCGGCAAUAGCGUUCAAAGCCAAGGCCAAGCUUCGAAGAUUCAAAAUGAGAAACCCCAUUUUAAACCUGCUCAAGAUGACACAAAACCUCCAUUUCAAGAUCCGAUACUUAGAUCCGAUCCCAUUGAAACAGAGGAAGCUGUGCUGAAAUUGCCGCCUUUUUCUAUUAAAAGAUUGUGAUCUUUUAGUGCCCAUGAUCUAAUAUCGAUGGAAUUUUUUUCUUUAUUUGUUUAGAUUUUUCAUGGAUUAUUUAUGGUUCUGUUUUGGACUUGAUUCGUGUUGAAUUAUGCAAUGAUGUAAUGUGAUUCUGCUACUCAAUUUAUUUUUUUUCUAUGGCUAGAUUCAAGCAGAUUCAAACUUGA